GACGGGGCGGUGCCGGCGCCGGUUGGGGUUGGGGUUGGGGUUGCGGUUGUUUUCCGAUGGUGAUGGUUGCCGGCGCUCGGAGUGUUUGCGUUGCGUCGCUGCUUGGCGGGCGACUCAACGGGUUCCGGGUGGAUCAUGUCGUACGAAGGAGGUUCAGUUCUUAUGAUGUGGCCAUUGUUGGAGGAGGAAUCGUUGGACUGGCAUCUGCUAGAGAACUGAUACAGCGGUUUCCUAAAUUGACCUUCAUUGUACUGGAAAAGGAAAAAGAACUUGCUUUCCAUCAGAGUGGACACAACAGUGGGGUUAUUCACAGUGGAAUUUACUAUACGCCAGGGUCUUUAAAAGCUAAACUCUGUGUGCGGGGUGCUGAACUAAGCUAUGCUUAUUUUGAGAAGAAAGGUAUCCCUUACAAACGAUGUGGUAAACUUAUUGUUGCUGUUGAGCAAGAAGAAAUUGUAAGGUUAAAAGCUUUGUUUAAACGUGGACAGCAAAACAAUGUCCAAGGCCUGAGACUUAUUGAUGCAAAGGAAAUCCAAGAGCGAGAGCCAUAUUGUAGGGGUUUGAUGGCCUUGGACUCUCCAAACACCGGGAUUGUAGAUUGGAGAGAGGUAGCCUUAUCGUAUGCAAAAGAUUUUUGUGAAAUGGGUGGUAAUAUAGAAACACAGUUUGAAGUAACUGGCUUCCAAAGUACUAAAGAAAGUCCUGAAGGCAGUAGAGAUGGUUUAAAGUAUCCAAUGACAAUCAAGAGUCUGAAGAAAACUGCAGUACGGUGCAGGUACGUUGUGACAUGUGGAGGUCUCUAUUCAGACAGGCUGUCACAGAAAUCUGGUUGUAGAUAUGAACCACGUAUAGUGCCUUUUCGGGGAGAUUACCUGGUGCUAAAACCAGAGAAGCGCUAUUUAGUAAAAGGGAACAUUUAUCCUGUUCCAAAUCCAAACUUUCCUUUUCUUGGUGUGCACUUUACACCGAGAAUGAAUGGGAGCAUCUGGCUUGGACCCAAUGCAGUUUUGGCAUUUAAACGUGAAGGUUACAACGUUCAUGAUUUUGACCUGCAUGAUUUUACAGAAGCAAUAAGCUAUAGUGGGGUUCAAAAACUUGCAUUGAAACAUGUAGCAUUCGGUAUAAACGAAAUGUAUAGAGGACUCGUUAUCAGUGCCCAAGUGAAACAGCUUCAGCGGUAUAUUCCAGAACUUACUGUCAAUGAUGUCAUGAGAGGCCCAUCUGGAGUAAGAGCACAAGCCUUGGACAAAGAUGGUAACCUGGUGGAUGACUUUGUCUUUGAUGGAGGCUCUGGAUCUAUUGGCAGCCAUGUUCUUCAUGUUCGAAAUGCACCUUCACCUGCAGCAACCUCGUCCUUAGCCAUUGGAGAAAUCAUUGCUGAUGAAGUAGAGAAAAAAUUUAAUUUGUAGGUUUUUUAAUGCCUUAUAAAAUGUUGGAAAAUUGUACUGAUUUAAAAAAAAUUACUUAAGCUCAGGCUGAAAAUGGGAAAGUUGGGAAUUUCUGAACUACCUGCUUUUACAUGCGCAAUGUUUUUAAUAAUUUUACAAUAUUUGAGUCCUACAGAUGUUCUGAUUUUAAAAUAGUUACAUUAAAAUGUAUUGUAUGUACCUUUCAUUUCUGAAUUUGGUCAGCGGUAUGCUUUUUUCCAAACAAGUUUAGGCACUAAUUUGAAUAUAUGAAAGUUUGCAAUAAUUGUUACUGUUGUACUGUAUUAACUCAGAUGUGAAAUAUUGUAAAAUGAAAUUACUAAAACAUGAAAAUAUAAUGCAGAAAAUCAUACUUU